AUGGCACCACAUCAUCGCCGCAGGAUCGGUGCGAGCCGAAGGACGGUCGAUGACGAGGGCGAGGAAGACGGGUUCCCAGGUACAGUGGACGACGACUCGCUCAGCGAAGGCACGGUCAGCUCCCAGUCCCACGACGAGGACGACGGAUGCAGCGAGAUCACGGAGACAGAGGGCGGUGAGAGGUCUCUUCUAGACGGCGGAAGGCUGUCUCUCAGGCCCAAGAAGUCGUUCUCGACCUCGACAACGACGCCUCGAGGGCAAGGUGGUGGUGGUGGUGGAACAAGAAGAGGCAGAGAAGAAGGCAGUGGUGAUGGUGAGGGUGGCGAAAGGAACAGCCUGUUCAAUGCGCGGACUUCGGAGACGGAUAGCAUGGCGAACGGAAGCACAGAGACGGCACCGAAGCCGGUGCAGGAGAUUGGGGAUCUAAUGACAUUUGACGACGACGAGGAGGAGGAGACAGCUGCUACGACUACUGCUUCUCGGCCUAGCAGUGGUGGUCAGAGGGAGUCCUUGGCCGAGAGGAAACGAAGAGAGCAGGACGAAUACUUCCAGAAGAGGAACGACCCUUCGUUUGUGCCUACGCGAGGUGGUUUCUUCCUCCACGACAACCGGUCUGGCAGUGGGAAUGGCAGUGGACGGCCCAAGCAGAUAAAGAGCAAGCCUCACGGCCUUAUCGUCGACAGCAACGUUUCACGGAAACCCCAGCCAGACAUUACACAUGCUCCCUGGCGUCAUGAUCUACAUGAUAUUGUCAACCAACCGAGUCGACCGCCUCAGGGUACCUCAGCUGCUACCACCGCUACUACUACCGCUGCCGGUAGCACUACUACAACCAACAACAACAAUGUCAAUACCAGCUACCAGCCUAAACCUGUACCUACGGCUCCUCGCACCUCUCCACAAAACCGAUCCUUCUCUACCACUAUACUCAUCGGCAAUGUCCCCGUUAUCGUCUUUCUUCCGGGCAUGGAAGCCCCGAUACCCUUCUCCGCCGUCCCCAAAAGACAGCAUACCCGCCUUCCGCAGCACCGCCCUCCGCUGCGUCGUGACAAGCCCGUCCGCAUCUCCCUCCCGGGCCAGGCUCCUCGGUACAUAUUCCCUUCGACGGAACGGUCAUUUAUCUUUAUCCCCCGGGCUCUCCGGCCCAACCAACAAGCUUCGUACCGCGGCCGAGGUCGGGGCGGAGGAAGUGGCGGCGGCGGAUUUUACUCUAGCCGACGGGCCAGUGUCUACUCCGGCAGUGCCUACAGCCAUGCACCGACUCAUACUCCCAGCGUCAGCCUGAGCAUGAGCAUGUCUCGGCGCUCGUCAAUGGGGCGGGACAUGAGCGUCAAUGGCGCCACUCCGCCGCUGGGAUCGACCAUGACCAUGGCCCGCCCUGUUGUUCCACCAGACUCGAGGCCGGUAGUCCGCCUUCCUCCCCAGGUCACGCCGGUUCAGCAGCCGGCACAAUUGCAACAACAGCAACAGCAGCAGCAACAACAGCAACAGCAACAGCCGCCACCACCACCACCGACAUCUGUGCCUCCUUCGACCACGGGUCCUUACUUUGCGCCGCAGAACCCGACCUACCGGGAGAACCGGCCGCACCCGGCCAUUCCAAUGCACCAGCCCCGUCCACAGAAGACAGUCUCGGUGGCGGAUAUCGAGUCUCCCGCUGCAUCGGCCGCUGCUUAUCAGUUUAGUCAGCAACAGCAGCAGCAACAGGCAGGGGACCAGCCAUUCCACCACCAGGUACCUCAGCAGCCGUCUCAGCCAAUGUCUAUGAACGGUUAUGCGCCGACACCGGAGAUGAACAUGCCAAUGGCCAUGGCCGUCCCCAUGGCUGUCCCCAUGCCCAUGCCAAUGCCGAUGCCGAUGUAUCAGCACCAGAGACACCUGUCCCAUCCUCCGCCGACCUCAGCCACUCCGCUGUCCCAGAUCCCCGAGCGAGCCAUCCAUGCGGCUCCCUUCCAGCCAGUGACGUACCAGCAGCCGGGACCGGGACAGCAGCCAGCUUACUACGGCCAGCCUUACCACCACCACCACCAACAACAACAUCAACCACAACAACAACACCCUCCUCACCACACUCACCCGCACCACAACCAGUAUGCUGCUGCUGCUGUCCCUCCGGCCACCGGAACAGAGUACCCUUAUACUCCCGGCGGCGCUGGUCCUGGCACCGGCCCGGGAACCGUAGCCCACGAGUCCAACGGGACAGUGUACUACUACGAUGCCUCUCAGGUCUCUGCUCCGGGCUCCAGCUCGGGCACGACCACUGCGGCAGCUGUCCCACCGGCCGGCGGCGUCCUCGGCAUGGGCGGCAUGAUGACUCCCCCCGGCGCGACGACCUACUACUAUCCUCACCCUCCGCACGUCCAAAACGGCCCCGUCUACUACCAGUGA